AGGAGGAGAAGGAGGCGGAGGAGCUCCUUUCCUCUUCUCAAACCCUGGAGCGUCCGGGACGCAGAGCCCGGAACUGGGGGGACGCGGCAACUGCGGGGGCGCCGGCUAGAAUCUCCCUGGGGAAAGAGACAUGAAUGUCUGCAAUGAUAUUUCCUGACAAGAAGUUCAUAUAAGAGAAGGAAAGGAGAUCAACAGCUAGUGAGCAGAAUUUCAGAUAACCACGAUUUGGUAUUUAUCACCUCCAACUGCAGACUUCCGUUGCCUACUUUUAAAUCAGAGAUAACUACAGUCAAAACCCAGACAAGGCAGAAGGAUACUUCCAUCUGUAGUUUUUGAGAUCAAAGAAACCACAAUGUCUAGGAAACAAAACCAGAAGGAUACAUCAGGAUUCAUUUUUGAUUUGCAGUCCAAUACUGUAUUGGCCCAGGGAGGAGCUUUUGAGAACAUGAAAGAGAAGAUAAAUGCGGUGCGUGCAAUAGUUCCCAAUAAGAGCAAUAAUGAAAUCAUCCUGGUUUUGCAGCACUUUGAUAAUUGUGUGGACAAAACAGUACAAGCGUUCAUGGAAGGUAGUGCCAGUGAAGUACUCAAAGAAUGGACAGUAACAGGCAAGAAAAAGAACAAAAAGAAGAAAAGCAAACCCAAGCCUUCAGCAGAACCAAGUAACAGUAUCCCAGAUUCCAGUAAAUCAGUUUCCAUUCAAGAGGAACAGUCUGUGGCUUCUUCAGAGAAAGGUGGUAUUAAUGGUUACCAUGUCAACGGCGCCAUCAAUGAUACUGAGUCUGUGGACUCUCUCAGUGAGGGUAUGGAGACACUUUCAAUAGAUGCCAGAGAACUGGAAGAUCCUGAGUCUGCCACACCAGAUAUGCUGGAUAGAACAGGGUCCAUGCUGGGGAAUGGCAUCUCUGAUUUUGAGCCCAAGUCUUUGACUAUGCAGUCUACUCAGAAUUCUCAACAAAAUAGGAAUGCUGCCAGAACUCUUUCACGACCAACCACAGCACCUCAGUUUGCAAAUCUGGGGAUGGAAGAUGUUCCACUCUCCUCCACCAACAAAAAGCUAGGUUCCAAUAUUGAAAAAUCUGUGAAAGACCUCCAGCGCUGCACAGUAUCUCUUGCACGGUAUCGAGUUGUAGUUAAAGAAGAGAUGGAUGCUUCCAUUAAGAAAAUGAAACAAGCUUUUGCCGAGUUGCAGAGCUGUUUAAUGGAUCGAGAAGUGGCAUUGCUUGCUGAAAUGGACAAAGUGAAAGCCGAAGCAAUGGAAAUUUUGCUCAGCCGACAAAAGAAAGCCGAACUUCUAAAGAAGAUGACUGAUGUGGCUGUUCGAAUGUCAGAGGAGCAAUUGGUUGAGCUCAGAGCUGAUAUCAAGCACUUUGUCAGUGAGCGCAAAUACGAUGAGGAUCUGGGACGAGUAGCCCGGUUCACCUGUGAUGUAGAGACCCUAAAGAAGGACAUUGAGUCAUUUGGACAAGUGUCCCACCCAAAGAACAGCUAUUCAACCAGAUCCCGGUGUAGCUCAGUGACAUCUGUGUCCUUGAGUGGCCCAUGUGAUGCCUCUGCUGCUUCCUCUUCCACCUGUGCCUCUGCUUCCAGCCUUACAAGCGCUAACAAGAAAAACUCAGCACCAGGAGAGACUCCCGCAGCCCCAGUCAGCUCCGGCGGCCGGCCCUAUCAGCCUCAUCGAGAGGUAUUGCCGGGGAACAGACGAGGAGGACAAGGCUACAGGCCACAAGGCCAAAAGUCCAAUGAUGCCAUGAACCAAGGGCGACAUGACAGUGUGGGUCGUUACAGAAAUAGUUCCUGGUAUUCAUCUGGUUCCAGGUACCAGAGCACUACAUCCCAGGCAUCGGGAAAUGUUAGCGAACGGGGCCAGGCCCCCUCUGCAGGGACCAAUGGAACUGGAGCCAGCAUGGAGCCCAGCCCACCCAAGCCCUCAUUCAAGAAGGGGCUCCCCCAGCGCAAACCUAGGACCUCUCAGCUUGGGACUGUGAACUCUUGAGGGCAGUUCUGCUUGGCCUCUCUCCUCUAUCCCACACAAUUCAACUUGGUAACUGGACUUAUUAGGAAACUUAUAGUUAGAUGUAAUAACAAAAAGAAGUUUACGCAUAUCACUUUUUAUGCCAUUCUAAAUAUUUUUGGUUUCUUCUCUCCUCGUUUCCCCUUUACUAUUUUUGGAGGGGAAGCUGUUUUUUUCCUUGACCUUUCCCAAUGAUAUGGAUUGAUUCUGAUUGGUCAUUUCCACCCGGACUCACAGGCCACCGAUGCCCAGGUUUCCCCAGGGUCAGCAGUGCCCUUCCUGGUGCACCAGACCUUUCAAUCGCCCAGGAGGCCUUCCUCAGCACCUCCCUCCUGUUCAGGCUCUCAGGAGGAGGAGGAGGUGGGUCAGAGCUAGUCCAGCUGCUUCUCCAGGCUCAGCAGAAGCUGCACAUUGCUAUCAGGUGCCCCCUACACGACAGUAUAACCAGGAAAGGCAGGGAGGGGAUUGUGUCCAGCACUGAAUUAGCCAGAGAUGGGGAUACUGAAUUGGUGAAAAGGAAGGAACACUAGAAAACAUGAGAAUCUGCCUGUGCUCCCAAAGCGUGCCUGAGAUAGACCUCCCAGAUCAGGGUUUCAGUCUCCCGCUUGGCAUUGUAGCUUAACCUGCGGUCGCUUCAGAAUGCCCAGAGGCUUGUUUUUCUCUCUCUUUAGACUGCAGACCAGUCUAGGGAAGCCUACAGGAGAGUAGCAUUUAAUUAAAGGAAAAAAAAAAAGUAUUUCUUUGUUUCAAUGUUUGAAGACUUUUGUUGUUAUUGUUCUCCCUUUUUUCCCCGAAUCCUCUUCUGAUCCUCAACCACAUUUAUAGCAAUAUAAUUAGUGUUGAUCUAAGGUGUUACCCAUCAAAAAAUUGCCGCGGUCUUUAUAGUUGAAUAAAUAAAAACAACUGCGUGAAUGUUCCCAUCUUUGUUUCAAGGCAGCAAAUGCCUUCAUUUCAUUAUCCGGUUUUCUUUGGGCCUCAUGGGGUGGGAGUCCGUCGGGCAGCUUGUUCGGGGCUUAAAUGAGGCUAGCUGAUUCCUAAGUCUUCUGUCCGCCAAGCGGCAUCUGGUGAAAACAGGAAGGCCAGCAUGAGCAAAUGCAGCUGUUCCUCGUGGGAGCAGAUUCGUAGUACAGGGAGCGGUGACUUUCCAAAGGGAGCUCACCAGUUGAGAAAAACCACAGCUGCCAGCAGCUCUCCCGGGCAAGCCCUCCCCUCCACUGCCUGUCCCUUGACAGGCAUGGUGAAUGUGACAGUGUAAUUGAGCACCUGCGUGUAGCAGGUGGCUCAGGGGCCAGACCCCUCCACCCUACACCGCCCCCAGCAUCCGUGAUCGAAUGACAGCAGAGCUUUCUCCUCCGGAGUCUGCAGUCCAGACCGUGAGCGGCAGUGGUGCAGAACUUAGCUGCCUUGGGGCUUCCCUUGGCUCUUCGGCUGCAGCUCGGCUGCCGGGGUUCAGGUUGGAUGAACAGAUUGAGAGAGGGAGAAAGAGAGA